UUAGAAUGUACACAAUGUACGCACGAUUUGUUCCUUCUUUUGUUAAUCUCGCGUGGUUGUAUUAUGACAGAUCAACGUAAUUGUCAUUUAUUCAGACGCAUACCGUUACGAGUGUAACGAAAAUCGGGAGAAAAGAAGAAGGAUUUUGAUAUAUACACACGAACACGUAGUUUUAUUCGGUGUAUCCAAUGCAAUCCAACGAAGUUCAAGAAUUACAACAAAUUCCGCAAUUUAUCCCCGGCCCUCCGCAAUUGCCGACUUUAGUCAAAGGGCAGAAAGUGAAAUCCGGACCAUAUACUAUCACGGUAACUGAUGCAAUGGUAGCACGGAGAGAAAGAGAGAAUCUAGAAUUGUACAAAGCUUGGAUACAUGAACAGCGCAGGAGAAAUAUGCUACCAGAGGAAAAUGCGGAUGAAUACAUAGGUGACUUCAAGCAAGUGAUGGUAAGAAGGAACUUUGUGCGCAAAGUUUUCUGUCUCGUCAUGCUGCAGCUGGUGUUAACCAUGUGUGUCGUAGCUGUCUUUAUGUUCAUUGUUGAGGCACAAAAAUUUAUGAUAUUACACUGGUAUCUGUGGAUUAUCGCCUUCAUAGUCUUCACGAUAACAUAUUGUGCUGUAUCUUGUUCGAUGCAUAUCAGGCGAACAUCUCCGUACAAUUACAUAUGUUUGUUCUUCCUGACAUUAGCAAUAUCCUAUUUGACCGCAGUCAUCUCUGUGUUUUAUGACAUUGAAGUGAUCCUUAUCACUUUGGGCAUGACAGCCAUGGUUAUAAUAAUAAUAAUUUUUGUAGCAACAUUCACCAAGUUUGACAUGACAAUGAGACGAGGCUUACUGAUGGUAUUUACCUGGGUUGUGAUUAUCUCGAUGGUCGUAGCGCUAAUAAUCAUGUUGUUUACUUAUGUACAUGUCCUUCGAUUGUUUAUUUCAAUUAUCGUAACGCUGCUGUUAUCCAUGUAUCUAUACUUUGAUGUACAGACUAUCAUGGGUGGACGCAGAAUAGAAUUAUCUCCUGACGAGGUCGUUUUCGCAGCUACGCAAAUUUAUGUUGACAUUAUACUGUUGUAUCAAUAUAUAUUAAUGUUCAUGGGCUUCUUCCAUGAUACAUGAUAUUAUCUCAAGAUAUAUUACAUAUUAUAUACUAUAUUGAUA